UAUUGCAGAAUAGAGAGAGAAAACAAACAAAACCAAAAGAGAAAAAAAAAAAAAAAAGUAAAAACGAAACCAGAGUCAUGGUUUCAACAAGGAGAAGUGGAUCUCUCUCUGGAAACAAUAUCAAGAGAUCUUCAUCGUCGGAGGAUAAGCCUCCGUCACCGAAGCGUCAAAAGGGAGAAAAUGGUGGAAAUGCGGAGAAACCGAUGCCGGCGACGGAGAAUUCCAAGGAAUUGUCUCCCCCUGCUGCCGCGGAUCCCGCAGAAUGUGGGUCUGGUGAUUCUCCGAUUGCUGGAGACGCUGCUGGAGAGGCUGUGAGUUCAGGAAAAGGUGAGGCGGCUACAGCUGUGGCUGUGGUCACGCCGAUCGCUGAGGGUUCAACACCGAUUGUAGUGGAUAAACCGAGAACUUCAUUUUCCUCGUGGAGCAGUUUUUAUCAAAAGCAGAAUACAAUUCAGGAAUCACCUUGGUGUAAUCUUCUGUCACAGUCUGCACAGAACCCGAGUGUACCCAUAUGCGUACCCAGUUUCACUAUUGGUUCAAACCGGAAUUGCAAUUUAUCAUUAAAGGAUCAGACUAUCAGUGCAACGCUGUGCAGGAUAAAACAGCAUGAGGGAGGUGCUGGAGCAGUGCUAGAUUGUUCGGGAAGCAAGGGAUCAGUAAAAGUAAAUGGGGAAGUAGUCAAGAAGAACACUCAACGUCAGCUCCACUCAGGAGAUGAGGUGGUUUUUGGUUUGCUGGGGAACCAUGCCUAUAUUUUUCAGCAAUUACCAACUGAUGUAGCAGUUAAGGGUCCGGAGGUUCAAAGCAGUAUGGGGAAAUUUUUGCAACUUGAGAGGAGGUCAGGAGAUCCUUCAGCUGUUGCUGGGGCAUCAAUAUUGGCAUCUCUUUCAAGCAUGAGGCAAGAUAUAUCCCGGUAUAAAUCUCCAGGUCAGAAUCCUGGUAAAAUCCACCAAGGGAGUGAGGUGCCGGCCCAUUCAGUGGUCCAUGAUGGUACAGAUGGUGAUCUCGAUGGCUUAGAAAUCAAUUCAACUCCAAAUAUUGGGAGUGAUAAAGCUGCAGAUGUUGGAGCAGUUGGCAAGAACCUUCCUCACGAUUGCAACCAGGACUCUGGCAUAGAGGCAGGCAAUGUAAAACUCUCUGGGGUGAAUGAUUUGAUAAGGCCUUUCUUCAGGAUGUUAGCUCGAUCAACUAGUUGUAAACAAAAAUUGAGCAAAAGUAUCUGUAAACAGGUAUUGGAAGAAAGGAACGAGUGGGCAAGGGAUUCACAGCUGGCAUCAACGUCGGGUAUGUCAUUGAGGUGUGCAGUAUUCAAAGAAGACAUUUAUGCUGGAAUUCUUGAUGGCAAAAAUAUAGAAGUUUCAUUUGAUGAUUUCCCGUAUUAUUUGAGCGAGAGCACGAAAAACGUACUAACUGCAGCUUCAUUUAUACACCUGAGGCACAAAGAACAUGUGAAGUAUACUGCAGAUCUUACUACUGUUAAUCCACGGAUUUUGCUUUCUGGUCCUGCAGGUUCUGAAAUAUACCAGGAAAUGUUGGCAAAGGCUCUUGCGAACUACUUUGGUGCUAAAUUGCUCAUAUUUGACAGCCAUUCUUUUCUGGGUGGUUUGUCUUCAAAAGAAGCUGAGAUUUUGAAGGAUGGAUUGAAUGCAGAAAAAUCCUGCACUUGUGCUAAACAAAAUCCUGCAGCCACAGACUUGUCAAAGGGUGUGAAUCCACCAGGUGUUGAAGCAGAUACACUUAGCUCUUUAAAUGCUACUUCUUCCUCUGGUCAGGAAUCUCUGCCAAAGAUGGACAUUGAUACUGUACCCUCUUCUUCAGGAACAACUAGGAAUCUUUUGUUUAAAAUCGGUGACAGAAUAAGGUAUAUCUCAAGUGGCUUGUAUCCUACAGCAUCGCCAUCAAGGGGUCCACCAAAUGGCAUUCGUGGAAAGGUUGUACUAGUUUUUGAGGACAAUCAUUUGUCCAAAAUUGGGGUAAGGUUUGAUAAACUUGUACCUGAUGGAGUUGAUCUUGGAGGUCUUUGUGAGACAGGCCAUGGAUAUUUUUGCAAUGUUACUGAUCUUCGUUUGGAUAAUGUGGAAGAUUUGGACAAGUUACUAAUCAACACAUUGUUUGAGGCUGUACAUAACGAGAGCAGAAAUUUUCCUUUCAUUUUGUUCGUGAAAGAUGCGGAGAAAUCAAUUGCUGGAAACCCAGAUACAUGUUCUACAUUUAAAAGCAGACUUGAGAAACUUCCUGAUAAUGUUGUAGUUAUUGCUUCACACACACAAACUGACAAUCGUAAAGAAAAGUCGCAUCCUGGAGGUCUUCUUUUCACAAAAUUCGGUAGCAAUCAAACUGCUCUCCUCGACUUGGCUUUUCCGGAUAGUUUUGGAAGACUUCAUGACAGAGGGAAAGAAGUGCCAAAGGCAACAAAAGUUCUGACUAAACUUUUUCCAAAUAAAGUAGUUAUUCAUAUGCCACAGGAUGAGGCACUUCUGGCAUCUUGGAAGCAUCAAUUGGAUCGAGAUUCUGAAACCCUCAAAAUGAAGGGAAAUUUGAAUCAUUUGCGAGCUGUUCUGACUCGAAGUGGUUUGGAAUGUGAAGGACUUGAGACAUUAUGCAUUAAGGACCAAACGCUCACAAAUGAAAGUGCAGAGAAGGUGGUUGGAUGGGCUUUAAGCCAUCAUCUAAUGCAGAAUCCUGAAGCCGAAGCUGAUGCAAGAAUUAUUUUAUCCAGUGAGAGUAUCCAGUAUGGGAUUGGAAUCCUGCAGGCCAUCCAGAAUGAGUCUAAAAGCCUGAAGAAGUCACUCAAGGAUGUUGUUACAGAAAAUGAGUUUGAGAAAAGGCUUUUGGCUGAUGUUAUUCCACCUAGUGAUAUUGGAGUUACAUUUGAUGAUAUUGGAGCACUUGAGAAUGUCAAGGAUACUUUGAAGGAGUUGGUGAUGCUUCCUUUACAGAGGCCUGAGCUUUUCUGCAAAGGGCAAUUAACCAAGCCUUGCAAGGGCAUUCUUUUAUUUGGACCUCCUGGAACUGGGAAGACUAUGCUUGCGAAGGCUGUGGCAACAGAAGCUGGUGCAAAUUUCAUCAAUAUUUCAAUGUCAAGCAUCACAUCUAAGUGGUUUGGUGAGGGUGAGAAGUAUGUGAAAGCUGUCUUCUCCCUGGCCAGCAAAAUUGCCCCGAGUGUUGUCUUUGUUGACGAGGUUGACAGCAUGUUGGGCAGGAGGGAAAAUCCAGGGGAGCAUGAAGCAAUGAGGAAGAUGAAGAAUGAAUUUAUGGUGAACUGGGAUGGCUUACGCACCAAAGAUACCGAAAGGGUUCUGGUACUUGCAGCAACGAAUAGGCCCUUUGACCUUGAUGAGGCCGUCAUAAGAAGGCUGCCUCGAAGAUUGAUGGUAAAUCUGCCUGAUGCUCCAAAUAGAGCAAAGAUACUGAAAGUUAUUUUAGCUAAGGAAGAUUUGUCCCCUGAUGUUGAUUUUGAUGCAAUUGCCAGUAUGACAGAUGGCUAUUCUGGAAGUGACCUUAAGAACCUAUGUGUAACUGCUGCUCACCGCCCAAUUAAAGAGAUAUUGGAAAAGGAAAAGAAGGAACGAGCUGCAGCUCUAGCAGAAGGUAAACCUACUCCAGCUUUAAGUGGCAGCGCUGAUAUACGGCCUCUUAAUAUGGAUGAUUUCAAAUAUGCUCAUGAACGGGUAUGUGCAAGUGUUUCGUCUGAGUCAGUUAACAUGACGGAGUUAUUACAGUGGAAUGAACUCUACGGUGAAGGCGGAUCGAGAAGAAAGAAGGCUCUCAGCUAUUUUAUGUAAAUUUUCCUUUGUACAAAAGCAUCUUAGUUUCUGUUGAUUCUCUUCUGUUCUCCAAAGCCUGUGCUCAAGUUAUUUGCUGCUCUCACUCUGGGCUUGUUGGGGAGCCAUUUUGUCUGUAACAAGAAGUAUAGGUUUCUUAAAUCAUAUUCUAUUAUCCCGAGUUCGGGGGAUGGUUGAUGGUAUAAAUGGUGCGAAGCUAUUGAUAUGUUCAUGCCCCUUUCUGCUAUCGUGAAGAGCAACUCUUUUUGAAUUUAAGCUAUUAACAUCUGAAAUAGAAAAAGGGAAGUGAAACUGUGCAUA